AUGUGGAAUUUUUAUAUUUUUGUCUUCUUUUUAUUUUUUGUUGGGUUUGUAGAAAGUGUAAAGGAAAAUGAAGAAGAAGAAGAUAAUCAAAAUAUACCUCUAAUUCCUUCACAAUCUGAAGGAGAAAUAGUAGAAUUGGAAGGAAAUAUUUUUGAAAGAAGUAAUGAAGAAGAAAAUGAGGAGGGUAAAGAAGAAAAUAUAAAAGAGAAAAUUAUAAGAGAAUAUCCGGGAAUCGAAGGAUUUUUGGAAGACCCCAAAAAAUUAAAAAUUUUAAUUAAAAAGAACGGAGAAACGCAGAAUAAAAUUCCAGAAAUUAAAAAUCCUUUUGCAAGCAUUAAUUUAAAAGCUGUCGGCAUGAAACACGCUGAGUUUACUGCUAAUUUAAAUGAUUAUUGUGAAGAGAUGUACAAAUCGACAAAUAAAAAAGAUAUUAAAAAUUCAAAUGAAAUAGAAACAGAAAAGUUUGAAAAGAAAAAAUCUAAAAAAAUUGAAAAAGAAGCUAGAGAAUUUUUAAAUAAAUUAAAAGAUAAAUGGAUAAAAGAAAGUAAGAAAAAUUUUAAAUUAAAAAAUAAAAAGAAAGUAAUUACUACUAAAUUUGGAAAAAAUUUAAAAAUAAAUAAAAAAUUAAAUUUAAAACAAUUAACAAGAAAUGUGAGUAAGGGGAUAGAAAAUAUUAUGAGAAAAUUUUCAAAAAGAAGUAAAACAAAUGAAUAUAAAUUAUUAAAAAAUGAAAUCUAA